UAUGUUAUUAUAUUUUAUACAGAACCCGAUAUUGUUCAUGAUGAAGACAUUGAGAAAAGCUGUCUCGGACUUGAAUACCAGCAUGUUUCGAAGAUUUUUAAGUGGAAACGGUGCAGCGAGUAUUUGCGACCGCUCUGUGCAUACUUUGAUUCGGAGACAAACAUUGACAACAGACAUUAUCGCUGGGAGGCGGCUUCUAACGAGUGUUUCAAGAGACAAACCAUACCUACAUCGUAUGAAACUGCUGAGCAGUUUAAGACGGUGCUUACUGGAAUAUACUGGACAGGGACUAUUAGAAGUCAAGGCAUUUAUAGUCAUGGUUUGCGUGAAACACACGGCCGGGUUCUGUAUGGCUAUUUGACUAAGAACACCAAUAACAUGAAUGUUGUUACCUUUACAAAGGAGAACAAAAAACUAAAAGGUCUUUGCCAAAUGAAAGAGUCUGGUCACAAAACGAGCGAAG